UAUGGUGUGACAUGUUUUGUCGCUUGCUUGCUUGAAAAUUAAGCUACUUAUCAAUGAGUACUCCGGCCAAUCUAUACCUACUACUAAACCCUACAGGAAAUAAAAUAACUUUUCAUACAAAAAAGAAAAGGAUACAAAAAAGGGAAAGGGAAGGUAGAACAAAUCAUAGUAAACUCUCGUAGGCGUCUAAGCCUUUCUUCUCUGUACUCUUCUUAUUCAUGCUGGCAGGUAGUGUCAAUGUAAACCCUCCUCCAGACGUUCCCCCUCCUGCAUUACUUGUGCCGGCUCCCGGCGGUGGCGGUAUCAUAAAGCCAGAGAAUGCCCCGGUUGAUGUGGUUGGCGCAGGUUGUUGCCUUGUCUGACCGUAAAGAAUUGUAGGGUGGCUCUGCUGUUGAUUUUGUUGGACGGGUGGCUUGAAGCCGUCGCCUGAGGGUGAUUGUGUGGGCUUUAAUGGCGGGGUGUUCCAGAGACUGCUGGCUUGGGCGUUUGUGUUCGAAGUUGUUGAAUGGAAGCUCCGUCUUGCUGCUGCUGCGGACCAAUCUAUGCCACCACCACUGGAACUUGUAUUACUAGCGCUCUGUGAGUGGGAAGGUUGAGGGCGUAGAGACGUCGUGCUCCCGAAACCCGAACCCAGGUUAAGGUUGGAGAACGCAUUUGUGUUCAUCGAAUUCGAGGUGGUGGAAUGAGAUGCAGAGGUUGGGGUCAGAGGUUGGAAGCUCGUUUUAGCUUCUGGGGUCAUUGUCCGAGUCUGCUGCUGCUGAGGCUGUAAUACCCCUCCUGAGAACGAGGAGGAGGAAUGGAGAUUCGUCGUCGAGGAAGGACUAGACCAACUGAACCUUGGCUCGAGCCCUUGUGCCGCGAUUGUGCCACCCCCGCUUGCAUUCGUGCUAUUCCACGGGGCAUCGAAACCACCGUUAUUAACUGGCGGAGACUUACUCCCGCCUCCCCUUCCGAAAACCAGAUUUUCAAAGUUGUCGUCCCCACCACCCCCGGUGAUUCCUGAACUCAUGCCGGGCAUCCCCCCGAAGCUUAAAAUGUCACCCGCACCAGAACCACUCUCGCCUUCGGUCCUGAGCUCCCGCAACUUCCGUAUCUGUUCUGCCUCAAUCCUGGAACUAACUUGCCGCACAACCUCCAUAAAUGCCGUGAACUGCUCUACACCUAAUAGGGGCCCAAAACUCAUACUCCAGAGACAUGGGAGAAUCUCCAUGGCUACGACCUCCCUAUCGCACGUCUUGCCAAUGACCUUGAACACGUCUAGUGCCGCCAUACUGACGGCUGGUUCCUUGGUUUUGAUUCCACGCAAUAGCGGGAUAAGCUUCUCCUGGAUGGUAUAUUUGUCUAAUUCUGGUGCGUCCGAGGUUGCGGCAGCGGCUGGCGAACAAAGCACUUUGAAUGCUUCCAGCCCACGAAUCUUAAUCCCGAGGGAUGAGGUCUUUGUGAACACAGCAGCAACAGCGGGGAACACAUCGUUUUUUAGAGUUGGGAAGUCAAGCUUUGGCAGGAGUGUUGGAAUGGAGCGAAGGGCUAGAUCUUGCAAGGCAUGAGUUGGCGACUCGAGUGCUGCGUGAUGUACCGGUAGUA